ACGACGAUGUGCUUCUCUCUUUCACGCCCGUUUCAGUAGUCCGACGGUCACCCUCAAAUAAACCGUACCCCGCUCCACCUUUUCUCCCUGGCUUCGUCUCCCCUUUUGGUUUCUGAUCCCCUCUCUCGCUCGCUCGCUCUCAUAAACCCUGAUUUGGAGCGAUGGAGACACCUGAGUACUUCCACGGCGGCUUCUACCGCGGCGGGAACCCGCAGUGCGGACCGGAGAAAAAGGCCGGCGGCUGUGGCGGAGGUGGGGAGGACCAGUUCUCCCUGGAGGACCUGCUCGACUUCUCCAACGAGGAGGAGGACGAGACGGGAGGUACGCUCGCCGCCGCCGGGAACUCGACCGACUCCUCCACCGUGACCGCCGUGGAUAGCUGCAGCAACUCCUUCUCCGGCCUCGAGCCGCAUUUCUCCAACGACCUCGUCUGCCGGAGCCUCGCCGAUGCCAGCCGUUCCGGCGACCUGUGCGAGCCGCAGUACGAAGAGCUGGCGGAGUUGGAAUGGCUUUCUAAUUUUGUGGAGGAAUCCUUCUCCAGCGAAGACCUCCACAAGCUUCACCCCAUCUCCGGCGUUAGUUCCACCACCACCGGCUCCUCCUCUACGACCACCGCCGCGGCAGCUACCCGAGCUGAGGUCUCCGCUCACACCCAGGUCGCCGCCGGUGGCCGCGUCAACCACGUGGCCCCCUUCCGUCCCGAGGCGAUCGUCCCCGGCAAGGCGCGGAGCAAGCGCUCCCGCGCCGCACCCUGUAGCUGGUCCUCCCGGCUGCUUGUGCUCUCCCCAUCCCUGGCGACCGCCUCGUCGCCGGAGUCGGAGCUCAUCGUGCCCGCCAGCGCCGCCGCGGCCUCCGCUGGCGGCGGAGGAGGAAAGAAGGCGGUGAAGCCGGCGUCGAAGAAGAAGGACCUGACGGCGGGCACCGCCGUAGCGGCGGGGGACGGGCGCAAGUGCCUGCACUGCCAGACCGACAAGACGCCGCAGUGGCGGACGGGACCAUUGGGCCCCAAGACGCUGUGCAACGCCUGCGGCGUCCGCUAUAAGUCCGGCCGCCUCGUACCGGAGUACCGCCCGGCCGCCAGCCCCACCUUCGUGGUCUCCAAACACUCCAACUCCCACCGGAAGGUGCUCGAGCUCCGCCGCCAGAAAGAGCUCCAGCAGCAACAACUCUUCCACGCCGGCGGCGUCGCCUCCUUCUACGACGGACCCAUGCCGGUGGCCGCCGCCGCCGACGACGACGACGACUUCUUGAUCCACGGCCCCGACUUCCGGCAUCUCAUCUAAUGGUGUAAUCUUAGGAGGGACCGAUCGCGUCGAGGGGCCAAACAACAAAAAAAGCUCUCGCAGCUCUCGUAGAAAUUAAUUUAGAAGGAUUUAGGCUCUUUUUCAUGCUUUUUCCUCUUUAGCAUCUCUUCAAUGUCCUCCAUUUUUUCCUAAUCAGCUCCUUUUACUAGAAAUUAAUCUUAGGACAAAUUGAGUUGUAGCUCGAACAUUUCUUCAUUCCACACAAAAAGAAAUCAAGAAAUGAGACAACUUGCAAGUCUUUCA